AAAGAUAAAUAAAGAAAACAAAAAUGAGAAAUCAAUGUCAAAGCACUAAAAUCGGCCCUCCACAACUCAAUUUCAACAAUAAAACUGAAAUUUUCAGCAUUAUAAAAUCCCGAUCUAUUUUCUCUUUUGAAAAUUUCAAUACUCCCUUCCCUCUUUAAGAAUUCAUGGUGUUUCUUCAUCCCUCAUUUCUCUCUUGACUCCUUUCAUUUCUCGUCGCCUCCGCCGCCGCCUGAGUAGAUGAAAAGUAAUCACCCACCAUGUCGAACCUACCAACCUCUCUCUCUGAAGUCUGCCUCACACUUUUCCGUCUAGCCAUGUCCAUGGCCGAUCCAUGGCCCUUCUCCUAGAAUUUUCCCCCAAUCCACUUUUUUCUUAAAAGAAAUAAAAGUAAAUCCAGUUUCCGUAAAUUUCUCAACGGAAGAGAUAUAUCAUGGGCAGCAUACGUGGUUUCUCGCUCAAGCACAUUUUCCGGCGUGUUUUCCGGUGGAAACGCUCAGCCGGUAGGUAUCGGCGUGUCGAUAGCAAUUCGGGCCGGGUCGAACCGCUAAGCUGGACGGACCGGGUGAAGACGAAAGCGAAGGCGGUAUUAGGUAGGAAUAUGGAUCCGGGUCGGGGAUACUUCCGGGUUGGUAAAGAAGAAUGGACGGGCGAAAUACCGAAAGGGCACAUGGCGAUUUACGUGGGGCAAAAAGAUGGAGAUAUGGAGAGGAUUUUUGUGCCAAUUGUGUAUAUUAACCACCCGUUAUUUAGGGAUUUGCUGAAGGAGUCCGAAAGGGAAUUCGGGUAUGACCAUCCGGGUGGGCUAACCAUACCUUGUCGGAUCUCGGAGUUUGAGAGUGUUCAGACCCGGAUCAAGGCGGGUCAGUGUACCCGGAAGUUGCUGUCGUGGAAGAAAAUGUGGUUUUGAAUUUUUAUGGGUUUGUGUUGUAUUGUUAAGACGUGUAUAUACUUUUAGUUGUAAAUAUUAGUAUUGUUUUCUUUUAUAAUCGAAUUUUGGAAUUGUUAGGUUU